AUGACUGACCUUGUAGACUUGUUGAAAGAAGACUUCGCUGAUGCAACUGAUGCCGAGAUUACUCGAUUUGCUUUAGGAUACGGCAAAGGUGGAGGACGGCUCGAACGACGCAAACGAGCCGCUGCCGCGAGAUUGGAAGCAUACUUGGACUGGAGAAAGAAAUUCGAGCUGGAUAAAGAGAAAUCAGAAACGGGAGACCUCUCUGAUUCUAAAACUUGGGAAUACGCUGUAAAUAAGGCGUGGGAUGUUGUCAUUUCCCAUCAGGAAGCGAUUGAGUUGACAAAAAAGCUAGAGGCGGAGGCCAAAUUGAAAACAGAUGACCAAGAGGAAGCAACAGAUUACGACAAGCAAAUGGAGGAAGUUAUGAAAGAACCGCCCGAGUCCAAAGAAGAAGAGACUGAAGGUAACGAUGAUAAUGACGACGAUGAAUUGCCACCAACUGCUACGAUAAAGCGAUCCAACAUCGACCAGGUUCUCUUUCGCCAUCAGCUGGAAGGAAAGUCAAUACGAGAUAAAGGUGGACACACAAUACUACAUGUCUUACCAUCGAGAAUCGAUCGUAAGGUAGCAUCAGCUAUUAUUUACGCAAAUGCUUUUGCGUUUUACCUCGAUAUGAAUCUUGAUCGAAACAGCGACGAAAAGAUAACAAUCUUUCUUGAUGUUCGGGGCGGAGAGGGUUUUCCCAACCCAUCACCCAAAACAAUGUUGAAGUUCAUCAGCACCGUUUCAAGAGUCCUAGAAUUCAACUUUCCAGAGAGGUUAGAAAAACUUAUCAUCUUUCCAGUCCCCAUGUUAGCAAGAGGGGUCUUUCAGCCAAUCAAGCUCCUCAUGCACGGCAAAACGGUGAAUAAAAUUGAGCUCAUAUCUGGGUCUGCCAACAGACAUGCUGCAUUGCCGAAAGCUGCAUUAGAGAAAUUCAUCGAUUCGAAAGUGCUGGAUAAAACGGAAGCUGUUCGACUGGGGUGUUUCAAACUUGUUGACAACAAGUAG